AUGGCAUCCUUCCAGUCUCUGCUGCUGCAGCCCAGCUGCUCUCGGCUUCAGACCGCCCACACUGGGGAAUUUGAUCUGGAGCUCCAGCCUCGCGACGGCCCGCCCAUUCCAUGUCAUGCGAGCCUGCUUCGUGCACGGUGCCCUCUCUUGCAGAUCGAGGGGCCCUGCAUUUCCGUUGAUGAAGACCACGAGGUGAUCUCCGUGCUGCUCGAGUGGGUCUACUGCGAGAAGAUUCACUUCCCUGGCGCUGAGGGCUCCGUGGGCCUGGGCCUCGCGGAGCGCACGCUUCGCCUGGCCGCGAAGCUCGGGCUCCGGGAUGCCCUGGCUUUGCGCGAGCGCCUGUAUGGAAACUGGCGACGGCGCAGCUCCGGAUGUUUGUCUCAGGACUUGGUUCGGAGCUUCCGUGAGCACUCCCUCGACAACCUUUGGUUCCUUUGCAGCGAGCCCGGUGCCAACCAAGACUGCAAAGCAGUCUAUGGUGGUUUUCUACCUGUGCUCCUCCAAGCCUCCAGCUAUUUUGCGGCCAUGCUGUCGGGAAAGUGGGCCGAGACUGCACAUGAGCAAGUGAAGGUUGGCUGGCCGGCCGACGAGUUUGAGCGGCUCUUGGAGUUCUUGCAUGGGGGCCGAGACUUCAUCCGGGAUGCCCAGGACCUGGAGAAGGCUUUGCGGUGUGCCGACUUCUUUGGCCUUCCUUUGCUGGUUGUUCACGCGAAUCAGUGGAUUGCAGACCACCUUGACUCGAAAAAUGGUUCCCAGCUUUGGAACUUCGUGGACAGCGAACCCCGACUGCGCCUGAAACAAAUCCAGGACUCUGGUUUACAUGCAGACUUCUUCGUGGAUGCGGAGGAUGCCUGCUUUGACUUCCAUGUUCGGGAGUUCCUGGCCUUGGCUUGGCCGGAUGCGGAUUCGGAGGCAGAUGAAGACUGCUGGGUCCCGUUGCAUGACCUGUCUCCUUCGCUGAUGCAGCGACUGCUGCGCAGUGGAUCUUUGGAUGUCAGUACCGAGCGAUUGAAGGCCAUUGUCCUGCGCUAUGCGCGUGCAAAGUGGGACAAGUCAUUGGCCAAGGUGCAUGCCAAGCAGAUGAUGCCGCCCAACGUGCUUUUCAAUAGGGACAUCCGUGAUCAGCUGUUGGGCGGCGUGACGAUGUCCAUCCGUGCUGUCCUGUAG